AUGAUUGCACCUUCUCCGUCGGUGCCCGGUGCUCAGGAAUCCGGCAACAACCGCCGUGAAAAAUGGUUUUCCGGCGGCGGCACCACCACCGCGGAGAAGGUGGGGACGGCCAAGUUUGGCCACGAGGAGUUCGAGAUGAUGAGAAGAACAAGGGAAGCCGAGAAGGCCGAGAGGGUUAUGCACCUGAUUUGCUGGGGGCCCACCAAAGAUGGUCGCACUGGAUUUCGCGACGGCGGCGGGAUAGGGUUUGCUGGCCACGGCGAUCCAGCUGGUGGUUUUGGAUUUCGCGAGGGCGGCGAUUUAGGGUUUCUCCGCCAUGGCAGGGACGGGGGUCUGGGGCUUCGCGAUGGGGUUGACGGCCGCCGUGCGCGAGGACGAUGGAGGCCUGCAGCGGAGACGGAGGCGGAUGACCCGCACCGCCGGAAGGGACCUCUGUCCGAUGAUGAGUUCUGGGAGGAGAUGGCCGGCGAGGGUCGUCGCGAUCGUCGGGCUAGAGCAACAGGAGAUGGCCAUCGUAGGGUCCCGGUUGGAGGUCGAGACAGUGAUUUUGAUUUGUGGACAGCACCUGGGCACAAUUGGGGAGUAUCAUUAGCUGCCGUAACUCAGUCCGCCGACCGGAAAAUCUCGGGUCCGUCAGCUCGUAAUUUUCUAGCGCUCAAUAAUCUCCGGUUGACCCACAGUUCGUGUAGCUUCCGGAGAUGGAGCUCGAGUUCUCGUAUGGUAGUUCGUUGUAUGUCCACAGCCACAGACCCGCCGACAGUUUCUGAAACAAAGUUGAAUUUCUUGAACGCAUAUAAGAGACCGAUUCCUAGUAUAUACAACACAGUGUUGCAAGAGCUGAUUGUACAGCAACAUUUGAUGAGGUACAAGAGGUCAUAUUAUUAUGAUCCCGUAUUUGCACUUGGUUUUGUUACCGUGUAUGAUCAGCUCAUGGACGGAUAUCCUAGCAACGAGGACCGAGAGGCCAUCUUCAAAGCAUAUAUCGAGGCUCUAAAUGAGGAUCCUGCUCAAUACAGGGCUGAUGCGCAGAAGUUAGAAGAGUGGGCCCGUACCCAGACAGGGAAUUCGUUGGUAGAUUUUGCAUCCAGAGAAGGAGAAGUUGAGGACAUUUUGAAGGACAUAUCAAAAAGAGCAGGGAGCACGGGAAGUUUCAGUUACAGCCGGUUCUUUGCUGUUGGUCUUUUCCGCUUGAUUGAGUUAGCAAAUGCGACUGAGCCAACUGUCUUAGAUAUGCUUUGUGCUGCACUAAAUGUAAAUAAGAAAAGCGUUGAUAGAGACCUUGAUGUCUACCGCAAUCUUUUAUCCAAGCUGGUUCAAGCAAAAGAGCUAUUAAAAGAGUAUGUAGAAAGGUUGAAUAACAAGCAUGAGGUUUUGAGAGGUGCCGAGAAUUGGAUUUCGAAUAUCCGAGAAUUGAAGGGAUCGAAGAGUAUGACGGGACUUGGAGUGUCGGGUUCUCCGAAAUUCGACGUUUCGGAUGUCGAUUUUGGGUGGGGAAAGGCAAGAACGUUGGAAGUGGUGUCGAUCGAUGGGGACCAUUAUUCGAUGUCGUUGAGUAAGUCGAGGGAUUCAAACGGAGGAUUGGAGGUUGGAUUAUCAUUACCAAGGAAUAGAAUGGAAGCUUUUGGUGCUGUAUUUGCUAAGGGAUUAAUGGGAUCUUGA